CUUGCAUUGCUGAGUUCGUUGAUUUGUGAUCGACUUGUGUCCUCAACCUCAGGACAUGUACAUGACACAAUUUUGUCACUUUGCUGCUUUGCUAUCCAAUUUGUAGGGUGGAGUUUUCUGGUCUUUUGGAGUUCUCGGUUCUGGUUGUUCGAGCAAGUAACAGUUAUCCAUAGUCAUAGACUGAUUCAGCUCCCUUAGCUACACUGUAGUCUUGAAAUUCUACUAUUUUUCUUCCUUGAGUCUAUCUGGUUGCUUCUAUUGGGAGUUCCAGUUGUACUGUGUUGUGCCUGCCAUGGCAUCUCUUGUACGAAGAUUAACUUGGAGCAGUCAGACCAGGCCUCGUAUGACAGGCCCUUCGGACGAUGAUGGUGUGAUACGAAAGGGCUUGAUGAAGAAGAAGGGCCACAUGAGACGAAAUUGGCUAAAUCGCUGGUUCGUCUUGACGAAGAAAGGUCUCCACUACUACAAGGAUGAGAUGACUGCAUCGCUGCAUCCAGGUAAACCACAGGGAAAUGUUAUGCUAGUUGGAUGCACCGUAAAAGAAGAUCUUUUUCAGCGGCAUGAAAAUGUGUUUACGAUUUGGACAGCUGAUGGUAAAGAUUACCACAUGCAAGCUGGCAGUAAGGCGGAAAUGCAGCACUGGAUCAACGCAGUGGAGGAAGUCAGUAGACUAAAGCUCCAGGAAAGACGGAAAACUGCUGUCGAAGAUGUCCGGACUGACAGAAAGGACAGUGACUUGGGUGUUGUGCCUCGUACCCGUUGCCUCUCUACUGAUGGAGCAAUCGGUUAGACCAGCCUGUUGCUGUCUGUAUCCCACUUAUGUUUGUCUGUGUUUUUGCGCACAUGCGUGCAGUAGUCACUUAUUUCAGUAAGCGCUGCGGCUGAUGUGUGCUGCAGCGCGGGUGUGUGGUGCUUCCAGGCCCAUGCUCGCACGUCCAUGCACUGAAGCACCUUAUCGUGUUCCUCUCCGUUGCUCCUGGUUUGAGAAUGGAUCAGCCCAUAUAUGUCUGUACAUUCGUGAUGCUGUUGUUGAUAAUUCUGGUGUCUAUGUUAUCCUCCUUGAUAAACAUGGCUGCGUUUCUUCUUUGUCAAGUUUCUCCUUGCUUUCAAUAUUUGCUGCUUUUGCUGAGCCUGCCCUUUAAUGCCAGUGGUGAUGUUCCUGACUUGCUGCAGCAUCUAGAUUUUCAUAUUCUCCCUUUAGUAGUGGUGUGUAUGCUGUCCGCUGUGACGCCGCACCAUCCUGUGCUCUAAUUGGUGGGAUUAGCCGUGCACUUCCACUUUUGUCCGUAUGCGUGUACGGACGUGCAUGAGAGGCCGCCGCUGUUUGAUGCUUUACUUCAACUGCUGUACUAACUAGUAACCUGGCAAUGUAUGUGUUGUCUUGAGUCACGAAUCCCAGCACAUGUGCCAUCCUCGGCAUCUUGUGUAAAACCCUAGAUUUCUCCUCUGUUUUGUUUAUCCAAAUCUAUCCGCCGACGCAUUAGUUUACCGUGUUCUUACCCCUCAAUUAGGUUCCCCAUACUAAUCACCAGCUUUAACGCCUGGGCCAUCAUCGUUGCAUUUAGCCCCUUCUAUUUGGUGCCUGUCACUGUCCAUAUCUAGUACUUUUUUGUUUGCAUUGUACCUGCUACUGAGAGCUCUGUUUGGCUGUCUCUUGACAUGUUGCCCUUGCCUUUCUGCUGGCUGCCCACUUGACACUGCAUUUGACCAUAACACACUGCCCAUACUGCAACUAGCCGGUGGAUUGAGCAGCUCAAACCUUGCACAGUCCUUUUCCCUCCGCUGUGGCACUGCUGGCACUGCUACACACGCGUGGCCAUAGGGUAAGAACUGCCGGGGAUAUUACUGCACUGUUGUACUACUGUACUGGCUUUGUGCCAUGCCAUGCCAUCACCUCAUUUUAUAUUGCUACCCACCACAACUAUUCCACCUAUGAAAGUAGCUGCUACAAUGUACGUGUGCAAAUGAAAUAUCUCCGUAUCUGGCAUAUAUUUUCCUGUUCCCACCUUUAAGUUUUUUCCGUGUGUAUUUGCUUGCCCUUAUUUCUCUGCUGUGUGAAGCUGUCGACUGCUCUAUCUGAAGGAUAUCUCUGCCUCAUGUUUGCUUUGUUCAUCAUCUCAUAUCUUUGACUUGACUUUACAUGUCACUGUAUGUAUACAAGACUACUGCUUCAGUACAUCA